AUGGCGAUUGGUAAUACCUCUGAUUCUACUGGAAUUGGUAAUGGAGAUAACACUUCUGCUCUGACUCCGAUCGAUUCGAACAAUCCCCUGUAUAUGCAUCCAUCUGAUAAUCCUGGUGCGAUGCUCGUACCAAUGCAGUUCACUGGACUUGGUUAUCCUUCAUUGAGGCGUAGUGUUUUGCGAUCACUGUCUGUGAAAAACAAAUUAGGAUUCAUUACUGGUGAAUGCUCACGCCCUAGAUCUGAUCACCAUACCUACAGACAAUGGGAGAGGUGUGACGAUAUUGUUACGUCAUGGAUUUUGAAUUCAUCGUCCAAGGAGAUUGCAGAUAGCGUUGAAUAUGUUCAGAAUUCUGCUGAGCUCUGGAAAGAGUUGGAGGAUAGAUACGAGCAAACGAAUGGAGCAAAUUUGUAUCAAAUUCAGCGGGAAAUCAAUGAUUUGUCUCAGGGAUCCCUCGACAUCACAGCUUAUUACACAAAGUUGAAGAAACUUUGGGAGGAACUUAGCACUUUGAAUGUCAAAACUCAAUGUACUUGCAACUGCGUUUGUGGACUAAAAGAAAGUGUUUACAAGGGUGAACAGGAUAGAAGAUUAGUUCAAUUCCUAAUGGGACUCAAUAAGAUUUAUACAGCAAUACGUGGUAGUAUACUUAUGAUGAAUCCACUACCCUCUAUGGCACAAGCAUUUUCUCUGUUAGUUCAGGAUGAACACCAAAGAGAGAUCAAACCUUCAAAUCAUCUUACUCUAGAUUCGACUGUUUUGCAUGCUGGGACUGAUAAGCCCACACACUAUAAAACCAAUUACUCCACCAACAAUUUGAAGUAUAAGGACAGGAUUUGUAAUUACUGUAAGAAAACUGUCCAUCUCAUGGAAAAAUGCUAUCAACUUCAUGGUUAUCCACCUGGUCAUCUGCUCCAUGGUUCUUCACCUGGUCACAUUAACAACAGUCAAAACUCCAAUUUCAGUCUUAACCAAAAUAGGAACACUCAAUCAGCUCAAAGGUCUAACACAACUAGAGCACCUGCACGAUUCAAUCAAUACCCUCACACACCUGGUUAUGGCAGAGGAAAUGGGGGUAAGGCAGUGGCAAAUGCUAACUGUGCAGCUGAUCUAAACAUUGGGAAGGGACUAACAACAAGUACUACAGGUGAAGAAAUGUUCAAUGUGAAUCUUACAAAGGAAGAAUAUGGUCAUCUCCAGGCUGCACUCCAACAUUUCCAGAAGGAUUAUGAUGCUGAGUGUCCCCCCACCAAUCAAGCUUUUACUAAUGGUACAGUUGAUUUUGCAGGUACAAUAAUUUGCACUUCUUCUAUAGAUUCUAGCAAACUGUCUUGUGCAUGUUCCAAAAACAAGUCUGAGUCGUGGAUAUUAGACUCAGGAGCUUCGAACCAUAUGACUUUCAACAUUUCCCUCUUACACAAUGUUACCACCCUUCCAUAUCCAAUCCUAGUAGAUUUACCAAAUGGCUAUAAAGUUAAGGUGACUCAGAUUGGAAGUGUAGCAUUAGGACCCAUGAUUAGCCUAGAAAAAGUCUUGUUUGUGCCAUCUUUCAAGUACAAUUUGAUUUCUAUUAAUGCCAUGAGCAUGCAGUCCACUGCACUAUCAGUUUCACUAAAACUUCAUGUGUUAUGCAGUCCCUUCAAUGAAGAGGCCUCUGGUCAUUGGUAG